UUGUACUUCACCUGCUGGGCAGUUCGGCUAAUGCUCCUUCCCACAACCUUCCCGCCAAAAUACAGGCACUGCUGCACUACGCUCCGCCCCCUCCUUCUCAAACUUUACUUCUCUUCGUCGGCAGCCCAGCAAUGUCUCUCCCUAGCCGAACCCGAGCUCAUCCACCAAGAACAUGUAAUUCCGGGCGUCACUUUCCCGUCAGACCCCGAAACUACUGCCCAAGUACUAUCCAAUUAUCUCUCCUCAGGCAGGCACUCCGAUACGCUCUCCCUCCUCCGCCGCAUCCCACCCUCACGAUCCAACGUGUUCUACUGGAACAGCCUCAUCAAGCGAAGCGUCUCGUUGCAGGACCAAAGGAGGGCCCUCCAACUUUUUGAUGAAAUGCGGAGGCUUGAAUGGAUACCCGAUGGCUACACUUACCCUUAUGUUUUCAAAGCCUGCGGUGAUCUUUCUUGGUUGGUUAUUGGGGCAUCGGUACACGCUCUCGCGCUUGUUUCUGGGUAUACCAACUCCAAUGUCUUCGUGGACAAUGCUGCGGUAGCUAUGUAUGGCAGGUGUGGUGCGUGUGACACGGCGCAGCAGCUGUUUGAUGAAAUGCUUGAGAGAGGGGUGUUUGAUACAAUCUCGUGGAAUUCGAUUAUAUCUGUUUAUGUGCGUGUUGGCGAGUGUAGAAGAGCUUUGCGGAUGUUUGAACAGAUGGUUUCAAAAGGUGAUAUAAUGUUGCGGGCAGAUGCGGUUAGUUUGGUAAAUGUGCUUCCAGCUUGUGCUUCUGUCAAAUCAUGGAGGAGCGGAAUGGAAAUUCACGGGUAUGCACUAAGAAGAGGUUUACUCGAGGAUGUGUUCGUGGGGAAUGCUAUAAUAGAUAUGUAUGCAAAGUGUGGAUUAAUGGAUCAGGCGAAGAAUGUGUUUGGUAGAAUGGAGCUGAAGGAUGUAGUGUCUUGGAAUGCACUGGUUACUGGAUACUCCCAGAUUGGGAAAUUUGAUGAUGCUUUACUAUUGUUUCAGAGAAUGAGGGAGAAGGAUAUUGAAUUAAACGUUGUGACAUGGAGUGCUGUGAUUGCAGGGUAUGCUCAAAGGGGACUUGGAAAUGAGGCACUCGAUGUAUUUAGGGAGAUGAUACUCUCAGGGUCACAACCAAAUGCAAUUACCCUUGUCUCAGUUUUAUCAGGUUGCGCAGCUGUUGGUACAUUGGUUCAGGGUAAGGAAAUUCAAUGUUAUGUCAUUAAGCAAUUCCUGGAUUUGGAAGCGAAUGAUCGCGGAGAUGAGAUGAUGGUGAUCAAUGGGUUAAUAGACAUGUAUGCAAAGUGCAAGAAUUUCAGAAUAGCUCGGACAAUGUUUGACUCAAUUGAGAGAAAACAUAGAAGUGUGGUGACGUGGACAGUUAUGAUUGGAGGAUAUGCUCAACAUGGGGAAGCCACUGAUGCCUUGGAACUUUUCUCUGAAAUGCUAAGUGAUAAACACAGAAUGAUGCCAAAUGGCUUCACAAUAUCUUGUGCACUCGUCGCUUGUGCUCGUCUUGGAGCCCAUAGAAUUGGCAGAGAAAUCCAUUCUUAUGCACUGCGCAAUCGUUAUGAGGAGGCUAUGCUGUUCAUCUCAAAUUGCCUCAUAGACAUGUAUGCCAAAUCUGGGGAUGUUGAUGCGGCCCGAGCUGUGUUUGAUAACAUGAUAGAGAAAAAUGCAGUCUCAUGGACGUCUAUAAUGACAGGAUAUGGACUGCAUGGUCGUGGUGAGGAGGCUCUCCAUAUUUUUAAUGGGAUGAAGACAGCUGGUCUGCCAGUUGAUGGAGUGACUUUUGUUGUUGUACUUUAUGCUUGUAGCCACUCUGGGAUGGUUGAACAGGGGAUUAAUUACUUCAACAACAUGAAGGAGGAUUUUGGAGUUGUUCCAGAAGUUGAACACUAUGCUUGCAUGGUUGAUCUUUUGGGGCGUGCCGGUCGCUUGAAUGAGGCUAUGAAUCUCAUUAAGGACAUGCCAAUGGAGCCAAAUCCAAUAGUUUGGGUUGCACUACUUAGUGGUUGCAGGCUUCAUGGGAAUGUAGAACUUGGGGAACAUGCAGUUGAUCAGUUGUUAGCGCUUAACUUUGAGAAUGAUGGCUUGUACACGCUUCUCUCUAACUUGUAUGCCAGUGCUAGGCGGUGGAAAGAUGUUGCCAGGAUCCGUUUGUUGAUGAAACAUUCAGGAGUAAAGAAGAGACCUGGCUGUAGUUGGGUACAAGGGAAGAAAGGGACAGCAACCUUUUUUGUUGGGGACAAAUCUCAUCCAAUGACUAAAGAGAUAUAUAAUCUCCUUGGUGAUCUGAUACAUCGUAUCAAAAUCAUGGGCUACAUACCGGAGACCAGCUUUGCUCUUCAUGAUGUGGAUGAUGAGGAGAAAGGGGAUCUUCUAUUUGAACAUAGUGAGAAAUUGGCUCUUGCUUAUGCCAUUCUCACUACCGCUGCUGGGAUACCUAUUAGGAUUACCAAGAAUUUGCGUGUCUGUGGUGAUUGUCAUACAGCUAUUACCUAUAUUUCAAGGAUCAUUGAACAUGAAGUUAUACUCAGGGACCCAAGCCGCUUCCACCAUUUCAAGAAUGGAUCCUGCUCCUGCAAAGGAUAUUGGUAAGAUGGAGUAGAUUUCAUGUAAGUCAUUCAUGGCUUCCAACAUGCUUAAACCACAUUAUUGAGUUAUCAGAGAUAUUGCGUGACAAGUGGGACAAGUUCGGAAAAGAAGAAUUGGACAACAUGGAAGUCGAAAAACGCUGUGUCCACCUUAUCAGAAUGAUCAUAGGCUGGUUAUCAUGUCCACUUCAACUUCUUGUGAGGAUAAAUUCUUCUGCCAAUGACAAGGGUAAACGAGAGCAGGCCAUUGAUGGACACAUGGCAUUGAGGGAAGCAAGAACUAUGCCGCGAGCUUUCUGUUCACAAGAUAUCAUAUCUGCGCAGCAGGUAAAUUGGGGAGAGAGCAUUUAGCAUGUUCCUCAUCAGGCCACUUAUUUGAUGAUAUAUACCACUAACAUAUUAUGGAACAAAUUCAGAAGAUCCAUUGUGACCGUGAGAUCACCCGAUGCAGGCAUUCGAUUUUGCACGAGAAAAUUUUCUCUGGCUCGACUGUCUGCAGUCCCAACUUCAACCAAAUAGCUGCGUCCAACAGCAACUGUGCAAGCAAAUCCUGUACCCUCCACAGC